UCCUAAUGUUAUGCAGCAAGUAUUAUCUACUCCAGGCUCGGUAGAUGAUACGUCAACAAGUAGGCCGUUGUUUAGAAAUAGCGAUGAUUAUUUUCCGAAUAUUGAUGAAUCGCAUACAUGGCAUAUUUAUGUAAACUCAAUUAAUAGCCUAUGGACCAGUACAAUGUUUAGUAUAUUGGAUUGGGAUAUGUUUCAAUCGCAUCAUAGAUUUGGCGAGUAUCAUGCUGCAGCAAGAGCAAUUAGUGGAGGCCCACU